AUGAGCGAAGAUGAAUUGUAUAGUUAUAAGUCAAGACGUCCCGUGUCCUUGUCGACCACAUCAUCCUACCAACAGCUUCCUGCUUCAAAGGUGCCUUGUCAAAAUUUUCCUUCUAAACUACAGAUGGCAAGCCAACCAAGUGAAAUAUCGCAUAAUGCUACAGAAAGACGUAGUGUGAUGCGCGGUGUUCAAACAUUGCCUCAACGUAGAAACCAGUCUAGUGAUCCAAAACAUUCAAAACCGCAACAAGUACAAUCUCCAUCAAAUGCUCGAACAUUUGAAUACGAAUAUCAUACGUUCGUAAAUCCCACCUCAGCGUCAAAUGUUAACAAUGGAAUAGGAGUUGCAAAGAAUCCCCCUGAUAAAGAACCGAGCCCAAAUACAGCCAACGUGAUAGAAAGUGUGCUUGAAAGUAUGAUGUUACUUCAGCAAAGACAAACUGAAACAUUGAUAUCAACCCAUCAACAGCUCACCGCUUCAAUGACUUUACCACAACCAUCUGUAAACGUAUUUAAAGGCGAUCCUCUAGAAUACAGAACUUUCGUUAUGUCCUUUGACACCCGAAUAUAG